GGACCUUGUUUUCGUAUUGGCUGACUCCGAUCCGGAAGUGAUUGUACGAUGGUACCCGCGUGUAAAAUAGUGGUAUUGGGCUAUUAGAAGCUCUGCAUAUGUUUAAAGAGUUAAAAUGACCACUGCAUUCAGUAGUGAUGGUGCCCAGGUAAUUUACCAAUCCUUUGAAACCAAAGCAACAGAAAACAAAACAGAACCUGAACAGCUAGAUGAAGUUUACCAGAUUGAGGAGACAUGCAACUUUAUUUUGAAGAAUCGGUUCUCCAAGGUAGCAUUGCAAUUCCCAGAUUGCCUAUUACCAGAUUCAGCAGCUGUGGCCUCAAAACUGGAAACUGCUACUGGUUCAAAAAUGUAUAUACUUGGAGAUACAUCUUAUGGCAGCUGUUGUGUAGAUGAAGUUGCUGCUGAGCAUGUUGAAGCACAAUGUAUAAUCCAUUAUGGAAAGACAUGUCUUAGUCCUUGCAAACGACUGCCAGUCAUGUAUGUCUUUGGCAGAAGAAAUAUUGACCUUGAGGAGUGUGCUGCAUCCUUCAGAAAACUCUAUCCUAGCACGGAUAUUCCUGUCAUAAUAGUUUAUGAUGUUGUUUAUUUUUUUAUCAUGGGUGGUUUGCAAAAGAUUCUGCAAUCUGAAUAUCCAAAUGUAGUUAUGUCUCAAAUCAGACCUGAAGUAACAAAAAAAGGUCUUGAACUUGACUUGGGAGAAGUACCUGCUAACAGGCCUGUUGGACAACUUGUUGAAAAAUUUGGACGUCAGUUUGUCAUUAAAGAAGGUUUUAACAUCAAAGAUUAUGGAAUAUUUUAUGUUGGCCAGGAAGGUGCUACUUUAAACAAUUUUAUGAUGACUUUCAAUCAGUGUACUUUUUGUUCAUUUGAUCCUGUGACAAAAGUUGGAAGGCAAGAGUCUGUUAACAUCAAUAAGGCUCUGAUGAAGCGUUACUAUUUAAUUGAGAGAGCCAAAGAUGCAAAUGUAUUUGGCAUAUUAGCUGGAACCCUUGGUGUUGCUGAUUAUCUUUCCAUUAUUGAUCAUCUAAAGGACCUUAUUAAAACAGCAGGGAGAAAAAGCUAUUUGUUUGUAAUGGGAAAGCUGAAUGUUCCUAAACUAGCCAACUUUCUAGAAAUUGAUAUGUAUGUGCUAGUAGCAUGCCCAGAGAAUUCUCUGUUGGACAGCAGUGACUUCUACAAGCCAGUAAUUACUCCUUUUGAAUUGGAAAUUGCCUUCAAUAAACAAAGAGAGUGGACUGGAGAAUACGUCACUGAAUUCAGAGACUUACUUCCAGGAGGAAAUAGUUAUGUUGAGUUUAGAAAUCAAAAUGUGGAAAGCCUUAAUGAAGAAACUGAUGUCUCUCUAAUUACUGGCAACCUGCGAUCCAUCUCUUUGCCUAAAACUGAACUUCAUGCUGAUAAUGGAGGAUCAUCCUUGGUUCAGAGGAAUCAGACUUUAACUAUGUCUCAGCUGGAUCCAGCGGCUUCUUUUCUGUCCAGGCGAACCUGGCAAGGACUGGAACCAAAACUUGGAGAGACUCCAGUGACAAAGGCUAUAAAAGGAAGAAGAGGCAUAGCCAUUUCCUAUGAGGAUGAAAAGAACAGUUAAAAGCAGACAAAUACUACAAAAUUUAGAUUUUAAGUCACCUUGCAUCCAAGUAUUCCUGGUGUAACAUAAUAUUUACCAACCAUUAGGCAUUUGUUACUUAAAUUAUGGCAAAUAAAUUUUGGUAAAGUUUACUGAAAAAAUCAAAAGCAGCAGUUACAGCCUGUCCUUGUAAAUGCAUGAUAGAGGUCAGUAACAAGGUGCCUUCCAUGUCAACUCAAAAAGUGAGCAGUUAAUGUGACAAACUUAAAGGGAGUUAAAAAAAAUGACCAUGUUAGUGUGUGUCUAAAUUGGACUAAAUUGAUUAAGAGGAUGAAUGUACAUAUAUUAUUCACUGAAAACUCUUAAAGGGUUAACUCAUUUUAUAGAACUAAACAAGUAUAAUGAAAAAAUAUUUUUAUUUAAAAUAAAAUUAUGUAAAUACAUGUAUUUAAAGAUGUCUUACAUAUGAAAGAGAAAUUGCCAAAAGCAAUUCCUUUUCCAACAAAUAUUGAUUUAAAUUAAUAAACAUGGGUAGACAGUAACUUAUAUUC